CCGGCUUAGGUGGGCCCUCCAGGCCUACUCGGUCAACGGCAGCAUGCAUGGAGGAAGACCGGGCCAACGGUGGCGGGCAGUCACUCCACUCCCCCACCGCUACCUUGCUCCGACAAACAUGCGCUUCUCCUUCACCGGCCAUGGAAUCUUUCCUUCUUUCUUGCCACUCUAGUCUAGAGAGAGAAAUUAAAGCUCGAUCGAACAGGCCGGGGACAUGGGCAAGGCGAGCACGGUGACGUCGUGGCUGUGCUGCCCGUGCCGGUGCCUCUUCUGCGGCGUGCUGAGCUGCUUCUUGAGCGUGCUCGCCUGCGUCCUCCUCACCGCCGGCCUCGUCGUCCUUGUCCUCUACCUCCUCUUCCGCCCCCACAUCAUCCAUGCCACCGCCGUCUCCGCCGACCUCACCAACUUCACCCUCACCCCGAGGACAUGGAUCCUCCGCUACAACCUCUCCCUCGCCCUCCAGCUCCGCAACCCCAACAAGCGCAUCGCCAUCCACUACCACGACGUCGCCGCGGAGGCCUACUACGAGGGCCAGCGCUUCGCGCACGCCGACCUGCCCGACUUCUUCCAGGAUACCGGCGAGAGCAGCCCCCUCAACACGGCGUUCCUCGGACACGGCUCGCUCGUCGGCGGCGUCGCGGCAGCCGGGUUCCGGAGGGAGGCCGCCGAGGGUGCCAGGUUCUCCAUCGACGUCAAGCUCGGCGCGCACAUGAAGCUCAAGCUCUGGGUAUUCAGGGUGCCGGGGCCCAAGCCCAAGAUCGACUGUCCGCUCAGGCUCAAGCGACGGAACGCCACCGCAGGCGCUGCUGGCCCCCCGCCGGAGUUCCGUCCCACGGAAUGCAGGGUCUGGUUCUGACCAAAUUCCUGAGUUGAUCGACUGGCCGGCUCGGUACCAGAUGAUCUGGUUAAUUGAUCCUGAGUUGCAGCCAUUCAUAUAUAUACUCCAUUGAAUUGAUUUGCUAGCUAGUUAGUAAUAUAUGUCUCUGUACGUAGGUGCUGAUCCUAUCCAUAGAUUCUUUUCCUAAUUUCGCUUC